CCAUCCUUAUAGUUAUUAUUCUUUUUCUUCUCUAUCACCACUCUUAUCCUCACUACUUAACUCUCUCUUUCAAUAACAAUAUUAGGAGGACAUGGGAACUCUUGUAGGACACGUGGCACCAGGGUUUGGAUUCCUCCUCAUUGGAUUAUGGCACAUUUUCAACCAUAUCAAACUCCAUGUUCUUCAUCCAAACUCUUACAUAGCUCCACCUUGGUUCGCAACCUCAAAACCUACCAAGUACAACGAGCUCAUCCUCAUCAUGGCUGGCUCCAUGGCCUCAGUCGCCAUGGAGCUAUUCAUAGGCCCCGAACGACACCAACCACUCGACCUUGAUGGCACCAUCCCUGCCAAUCAUCUCCACAAUUUUGAGCACUCCUUCAUCUCUCUCACAUUCUUUACAUACUCUCUUCUUUCCAUUAUUCUCGAUCGCUCUGAAUUACCUAACAAGGCGGCAACACAUCAUGGCAUGACACAAUUAUUGGGAGCGAUCGCCUUUGCACAACAACUUCUCCUCUUCCACCUUCACUCGGCUGACCAUAUGGGGCCAGAGGGACAAUACCACUUGCUCCUCCAGCUAGUGAUUCUUGUCUCUCUGGUCACAUCCCUAAUGGGAAUAGGGUUACCAAAGAGUUUUUUAGUGAGUUUUGUUCGGUCUCUUAGCAUAUUGUUUCAAGGGGUUUGGCUUAUGGUGAUGGGGUUUAUGUUAUGGACACCGGCUUUGAUUUCCAAAGGGUGUUUCAUGCACUAUGAGGAAGGUCACCAUGUGGUGCGGUGCUCUGGGGAAGAGUCUCUUCAUAGGGCUAAGUCCUUGGUCAACCUUCAAUUCAGUUGGUUCUUUAUUGCAAUUGCCGUUUUUGGAGUGUCACUCUACUUGGUUUUGGCUAAGGUUUAUGGCCAAAAAGUUGAGUAUUUUUCAUUGGGUUUGAAUGAAGAUGAUAAAGAAAAAGACUCUUACGAUGAUGAUGUUGAAUCUCAGAAGAAAAGUCAGCUUGAAAUUGGAAAAUCCAAGAGUUUUGUUGAUAUGGGAAAUGCUGGACUUGGGCCUAUUGACAUGGAAAGAUAGUGAUAAAAAAAAAAAUUACUAGACAUAGUUAGGUAUGUGUGGAUAAAUAAAUAAAUAAAUUAGGUUGGUGGGUCCCAUCCCACUUUUAUCUUGGGGGGCAAAUUAGUUAAGCCAAGUAAUUAAUAAAUAAUUAUUAAGGCUUGAUUUAAUUUAAACUUGGAGAAAACUGGUCGAGGUGGUGAUGAUUAAAUUGUUUGGUAUGAAUUGAUGGCUUUAUAAUUAGCUCUAGAGAUCUAGUUUAUUAUUUUGUUUGUGUGUAUAUUAUAAGACCAAAUUAUAUAUUAUUUGUAAGAAGAGUGGAGAGUGAGUUUUGUAUAUAUUCGAAAACCACCAACUUGUAAAUGUAAAGAAACCUAUUGUAAUGAAUUGUUUUAUGACCA